GUUAAUGGGUUUCAGGUCAGGACGGGUCGUAUGUCUCCAGGAUCUUCUGUUUGGACAGGUUUUGCACAGAUUUGUUAAGAGGAUUUGGUAUAAAGACUUUGUUUUAUUUCAUAAAUGUGCGUAUUUUACAGUUUCUGAUUGGAGAUAUUGGAUGUACUUUAUUGAUCCCUGAAGGGAAAAUCCCAAAAUAUUCCAGAAAGUGAGUGAACUGUAAGUUGCCUGGUCAGUCAGAGGUCAGAUCAGCUGAUCAGCAGCAGCACGAGGACGACUACAUUUCCCAGAAGUCUUUGAGCCGCAGACUCUCCUGGUCAGCGCUAGGCAGGACUCAGCGACUGAAGGUCAUGGAGUGUAAGGUCAGACUGCUGGAUGGCACUGACUACACCUGCACCGUGGAGAAAAGAGCGAAAGGUCAGGUUCUGUUCGAUAAGGUUUGCGAUCACCUGAAUCUCCUGGAGAAGGACUAUUUUGGCAUUACGUACCGGGAUGCUGAAAACCAGAUGGUGUUGAACUGGCUGGACGUUUCCAAAGAGAUGAAGAAGCAGAUCAUCGCUGGUCCCUGGAACUUGGCCUUCAGCGUGAAGUUUUAUCCUCCCGAUCCAUCGCAGCUCUCCGAGGACAUCACCAGGUAUUACCUGUGUCUGCAGCUGAGGGACGAUGUGGUUUCUGGGCGUUUGCCGUGUUCUUUCGCCACUCACGCGGUGUUGGGCUCCUACACGGUUCAGUCGGAGCUGGGAGACUGUGAUGCUGAGCUGCAGGGGUCCAGUUAUAUCAGCGACAUGCGUUUGGCCCCCAACCAGACCAAAGAGCUGGAGGAGAAAGUGCUGGAGCUCCACCGCGGAUACAAAGGAAUGACUCCUGCUGAAGCUGACAUGCUGUUCCUGGAAAACGCAAAGAAACUCUCCAUGUACGGAGUCGACCUGCAUCGUGCCAAGCUGGUCAGCCGGCUGUUUGAGUGUUUAGCAGCGGCGCAGGAGGAGGAUUCGGAGGCUGUGGAGAUCAUGCUGGGAGUUUGUUCCAGCGGCCUCCUCGUCUACAGAGAUAAACUGCGCAUCAAUCGCUUCGCCUGGCCCAAAAUACUCAAGAUCUCCUACAAGAGGAACAACUUCUACAUCAAGGUGCGGCCGGGAGAGCUGGAACAGUUCGAGAGCACCAUCGGAUUCAAACUCUUCAAUCACAAAGCAGCAAAGAGACUCUGGAAAGUUUGUGUGGAGCAUCACACCUUCUUCAGGCUGGUUUCUCCUGAAGCUCCUCCCAAGCGCUUCCUGUCGUUGGGCUCAAAGUUCCGCUACAGCGGGCGAACACAAGCACAGACGCGUUGUGCGAGCGCUCAGAUCGCUCGAGCCGCGCCGCAGUUCCAGCGACGGCACACCGUCACAGCCAGCAUGGACAGCAUGACGGUCAGCCAUGACGACGAGAAGAACGCCAAACCCGCUGUCGCUACAGAUGACUUCAUCGCCAUAGAAACGCCGGAGAAGAAAGCAGAGGAGAUGAACUCAGUGGAGGAAGAAUAUAAAGCCAACAGUGACGAAUCAGAAAAAGCCCCGCCCCCCUCCGUCACCAAGUCGUGUCUGUACUCAUCGGAUCCGUUGGGAUCUGAGCUCUCUCUCCCGUCUUCUCCCGUCUCGUCCACCAAAGUGCGCAGGAGACGCAGAGAAAGCAGCCGCAAGCGCGCCGCCUCCGUCAGUCCGGCCAAAACCACGGUGGGCUGCCGGCGCCGUCAGGCCCAAGCGGACCGUAAAGCGGCUCUGCUGGAGGAACAAGCGCUGCUUCUGUCCGCACGCAAACAGAGAAUGAACCAGAGUCGAGGAGGAACGCUGUUCUCCUUCUCGCUGCACCUCCCUGAUCUGCCUUCGCUGCUGGAUGAGGACGGUUACCUGAGCUUCCCCGACCUCACCGAGCUGCGCUUUCUGCCCGAGAGCCUGCAUCACUUUAUGCCCAUCAAAUCUCCGUCACUCAUCCCCUGCUUCCUCUUCAUCUUCUUCUUCCUGCUCUCCACCUCGUUCUCGGUGCCGUACGCGCUCACGCUCUCCUUCCCGCUGGCGCUGUGUCUCUGCUAUCUGGAGCCCAAGGCUGCGUCGCUCAGCUCAUCUCUGACACAGGGCUUCCAGGACAGUUCAGACGACGAGACUGACAGCGAUCAAACCGACUUCAAUUGUGAUGACGACACAUCGGCGACUGAGUCUGACUUUGAGGACAACUUUGACUUGAGGACACAGGUAUCGAGAAUCUAUGGUGUUUUGAGAAGGCAGAAACCACUUUAAGGUGGUUUGAUGGUCUUAUAUGGGUUUUAUUUUGAGCUGGUCAGACUGAGAAACCAA